GAUUCGAAAAUAACAACCACCUGACUCUGUAUCAAUGGCUGCCCACAUGAAAUGUUUCAUAUUGACCCUUUUGGACAUUUAGAUAACUUGAAUUACAUAUUGGAAGACAGUCUGAGAUAAUGGCCUUAUUUUUCAGAUUAAAAACUCCAUGUCUUUUAAGAUUUCUACACCAAGUGCCGCUGUCUUCACUGAAAAUCCACCCUUCCUGGAUACAGAAAACUGGGACCUUUCUAAACAGCAUCAAAUUAAAGUGGUCUCCUAAACAUGGGCAGUGUAUAAAGUAUGCCCUCUCUCUCCCCGUUGGAUAUGGACUAAUAACAUUCAAAUUGCACCCUAAGACCGCCCUCUGUGCACCCAAGGUCAAACAUUCACGUCUUGUUAAGGACGAUGGGGGAGGGGGCUCCAACACAAAGUUUGACUGGAAACAGUUCUUCCAGAUGUUGGUCCCGGAGAUGUGGUAUUUACUGGCAGCAGUGAUAGCUGCAGUGGCUGCUGCAUUAGUUAACAUCAAGAUUCCCCUUCUGCUGGGAGAUUUAGUUAAUGUGGUGUCCAACAUGACUAAAGAGACCACCACUGACUUCAUCAAUAACCUCAGGAUACCUGCCAUCAAACUAAUGAUGUUUUAUAGUCUACAGGGCCUUUUGACUUUUAUCUAUAUAUCCUUACUAUCAACUGUUGGUGAAAAUGUAGCAGCUCAGAUGAGAAUAAAGCUCUUUGACUCCCUUCUACGCCAAGAUGUGGAGUUUUUUGAUACACAUAAAACUGGCGAGUUAGUAGACAGACUUACCUCUGACAUCCAGGAUUUCAAGAGCUCUUUCAAGCUGUGUAUAUCUCAGGGACUGCGAGCUGUCACACAGACAAUAGGCUGUGUGUUCACAUUGUAUGCCAUAUCCCCCAAACUGACGGUUCUAAUGGUGACUGUGAUUCCCGCUGUAAUAGGAGUCGGGACUAUGAUGGGAUCGGGAUUAAGGGCUCUGUCUAAAGCAGCCCAGGAUCAGGUUGCUAAGAGUACAGCAGUGGCUGACGAAGCUCUGGGGAAUGUCCGCACUGUGAGAGCUUUUGCCAUGGAAACAAAGGAAAAUGAAAUAUUCAGUCAGCAGGUGGAGCUAUCAAAAAAGAUGAACAUUAAUCUGGGUUUAGGCAUUGGAGCUUUCCAGGGCCUCUCAAAUGUAGCUUUGAAUGGUAUUGUCCUGGGGACCCUGUUUGCGGGAGGAUACCUAAUGUCAGGAGGGGAAAUAACUGCGGGUGACCUGAUGUCUUUCCUGGUGGCCUCACAGACCAUUGAAAGGUCUUUAGCACAAAUGUCAUUUUUGUUUGGGAAUGUUGUUAAAGGAAUGAGUGCAGGUGCUAGAGCUUUUGAGUUUAUUAAUAAUGAGCCCAAAAUUCCAAUCAAAGGUGGUAAGAUAAUACCUUACUAUGCCAUGUACGGAGAUGUCGAGUUUGAGCAUGUCAACUUCUCCUACCCAACACGAGCAGGACAGAAAGUUUUAAAGGACUUCAGUCUGAAGGUUCCUAGAGGAACUGUGGUAGCAUUGGUCGGACUCUCAGGGGGAGGUAAAUCUACUUUGGCUGCUUUGCUGGAAAGAUUUUAUGACAUUGAUGAAGGAAAUAUUAGAAUAGAUGGAGUCAGUUUGAAAGAACUGGACCCCACAUGGUUGAGGGGUAAAGCUAUAGGAUUUAUUAAUCAGGAACCAGUGCUGUUUGCCACUUCUGUCAUGGAGAACAUCAGAUAUGGCCGACCAGAUGCCACGGAUGUUGAGGUGAUUGAGGCUGCCUCUAUGGCUAAUGCUGAUGGCUUUAUCCGGUCUUUUCCUGAGGGGUACGAUACCGUCCUUGGUGAGCGAGGGGUUACGGUCUCUGGGGGACAGAAACAGAGAAUCGCCAUAGCCCGGGCCCUCAUCAAGAACCCCUCCAUACUGGUGCUGGACGAGGCCACAAGUGCACUGGAUGCAGAGUCAGAGCAGAUAGUGCAGGCAGCCCUAGAUAAUGUUGUCAAAGGUAGAACCGUUUUAAUCAUUGCACACAGACUGAGUACUAUACGAGAUGCUGACAUUAUAGCAGUUGUGUCAAAUGGUCAGAUAGUUGAACAAGGGAGUCAUGAUGAGCUAAGGAAAAAGAAGGGUCUGUACUGGGAGCUGAUCCGUAAACAGGAGCUAGAGGAGGAGAUCCAAACCCACCAGUGGGGCCGGCCUGAGUUCUAGACAACGCCUAGUUAUAGAGUGGGCAGGCCUAAGUUCCGGAAUGCACCAAGUUGUAAAAUGGGCUGAUCUAAGAAUUAGACUGUGUCCAGAUAUCAAAUUGGCAGACCCAAUCUUUCAGAAAGAGAGAGAAAGAGAGAGAGAGAGAGAGAGAUUAAUUUUAAGGUAAUUCUAGACUAACAAUUGGGGAUGGGGGUUGGGGGCAUUGAAUGAUAUUAGUUCUAGUGGAAUCAUGUGACUGAGUUCAGAACUGUAGAAAUGCAUCCAUUAAAUGGGGACAUAAUUAUAUUGAAUGGUGCUACAGGGUUCUAAAUCCGCCAUUGUGCACAUAUAUUAAAUGGAAUAUGAUAUGAUAGCCUGAGUUUUAGCCAACAGGAGACAAGGUUUUUAAUUCACACAGUGCAUAUUACAAUAUGUACAAGAAAGAUUGAGACCCAAGUUUGAACUAGAAGAACUGUGAAUAGCCUCUAGAUGGAAUGUGAUUAAUUCCUUGAAAAUGGCAAAUAAAUUUGAUGUUUGUAUCUAUAAUUAUGGAAGUCAAAAUUUUGCAAGAUAAUUUUACAGAUAUUAAAUUCUUGCACGGAUUCUUUUGUACAUUAAGGUGAAAUGAAUGUUAUUUGAAGAAGUGAUUUAAUGAUUAUUUGUUGUGAUAAAUGUGACUAUAUAC